AUGGAACGCUCUGAGUCCUUACAACCCAAGCAGCCGAUCCUACACGAUAGCUUGUACUGCAGGGACAACCCAAGGGAGACUCUUACGAUAAAGGACGAUUCAAACAAGUCAAACCAUCAUCGCGCUUUUCAUAACGCCACAGGUAAGCACUCUACUACAGACGAUUUGCUCCGAAGCUUAUCGAACAAGAACCUGAAGAGUGUCAAGUCGCAUGCCCAACUGGCAAAAACGGCUCAUGGUGUUCGAAUCCUUGCCAGAAAUUUAGAUAGAGCUACAAUACAUCUACAGCUGCGUUCAGUUAUGCUGAUCACCAAGGCAAGAGAUAACUCGCUUGUUUAUCUCACGAAAGAGGUUGCUGAAUGGCUUCUUACAAUCAAUGAUCAGACUCGAGUCUACGUGGACUAUCAUCUGGAAAAGUCCAAACGGUUUGACGCAAAAGGCCUGAUACAUGAUAAUCCCUCCGCCGAGGGCCGUUUGAAGUACUGGACCAAGAAACUUAUUAGAGAGAAUCCCGAUAUCUUUGACCUGGUUAUCACGCUAGGGGGCGAUGGUACCGUCCUCUAUGCUUCCACUCUUUUUCAAAGGGUUGUUCCUCCGGUGAUGGCGUUUUCUUUAGGCUCUCUGGGGUUUCUCACCACCUUCCCGUUUGAGAACUUUCGGAGCAUUUUGGCAAAUGUGAUCAAGAACGGAGUUCGCACAAAUUUAAGAAUGCGUUUCACGUGCCGUGUUCACACUGCUGAGGGUGACUUGAUCUGCGAGCAGCAAGUUUUGAACGAGCUCACCGUUGACAGAGGGCCUUCCCCGUGGGUCUCGAUGCUGGAACUGUAUGGCGACGGGUCGCUACUGACUGUUGCCCAAGCAGACGGUCUUAUUAUUGCUACCCCAACCGGCUCGACUGCCUAUUCGCUGAGCGCGGGAGGUUCUUUGGUGCAUCCUGGCGUUAGUGCCAUUAGUGUGACCCCCAUUUGUCCGCACACGCUUUCCUUCCGUCCAAUUUUGCUACCAGAUACUAUGUCUCUGAAGGUGAAGGUUCCUAUUCGAUCAAGAGCCACUGCUUGGGCCUCCUUUGACGGACGUUCUAGAGUUGAGCUACUCAAAGGAUACUACGUCACUGUGUGCGCAUCUCCAUUCCCCUUCCCUACUGUGAGGUCUUCCAAAACGGAGUAUAUCGAUAGUGUGAGCAGGGUACUCAAUUGGAAUAAUAGAGAAGAGCAGAAAUCAUUUAUCCAUCUGUUGAGUGAUAAGAAUAAAAAAUCGUAC